AUGGACCCUGAUGGUAUACAUCCCAGAGUACUUAAAGAAUUGGCACCUAACAUAUCAGAGGAAAUUACGAACAUUUCAGUAUUAUGGUAUUUUUUACAGAAUGGUGAUGCUCCCUUACACUCAGCUGUUAGUGGUAAACAGUUCGAAAUAGUUCAGUUGUUAUUGAAAAGAACAGAUAUAGAUCCAAACAAAGAAAAUAAGUUUUAUAAUACUCCCUUACACGCAGCUGCUAGAGGUGGUUUCAUCAACAUAGUUAAAUUGUUAUUAGAAAGAACAGAUAUAGAUCUAAAUAAAGAAAACAAGAAUAAUGGUGAUACUCCCUUGCACUUAGCUGCUAGUGGUGGAAAUCUCGACAUAGUGCAAUUGUUAUUAGAAAGAGCAGAUAUAGAUCCAAAUAGAGAAAAUAAGAUCAACGGCGACACUCCAUUUCACACAGCUGUUAGAAGUCUAAAUCGCAGCAUUGUCCAAUUAUUAUUAGAAAGAGGAGAUAUAGAUCCAGAUAAAGUAAAUAAGGUAUGGAAUCCUUUGUUAAAUUGGUUCAGUCAAUCGUGA